GCCGCCGAGCGCGAGCGACGCAGGUGCCCAGCCCCGGGGCCGCCGCCAUCUCUGCCUUCCGUCGGGGUUGGACUCCGGGAUCCAGGUGCACUUCUCUGAAGUAAGAUGACUUGUCAAAAAUUCUGUAUGGUUUUCUUGCACUAUGAAUUUAUUUAUGUGAUAACUGCAUUUAACUUGGCAUAUCCAAUUACUCCCUGGAGAUUUAAGUUGUCUUGCAUGCCACCAAAUACCACCUACGACAACUUCCUCUUGCUUGCUGGAACCUCAACAAACACUUCAAAAUGGAAUGGACAUCAUGAGGCAGUUACUAAAGCUAAAUUGAAUUCAAGCGGUACCUACUUAUCCAACUUAUCCAGGACAACUUUUCACUGUUGCUUUUGGAGUGACCAAGAUAAAAACUGCUCUCUACAUGCAGAAGGGAAGAUAUUUGUCUCAACAGUAAAUUCUUUAGUUCUUCAACAAAUAGGUGUAAACUGGAACAUACAGUGCUGGAUGAAAGGGGACUUGAAAUUAUUCAUCUGUCUUAUGGAGUCAUUAUUUAAGAAUCCUUUUAAGAAUGAUGACCGUAAAGUUUAUCUUUUGUAUGAUCUGCCUGAAGCCUUAGAAGAUUCAUCUCUGGUCCCCCAGGAAGACAGUUUUCAGGUUGUUCAGUGCAUCUGCAGUGCUCAUGAAUGUUGUGAAUGCCAUGUGCCCGUGCCAACAUCCAAACUCAACUACACUCUUCUUAUGUAUUUGAAAAUCACAUCUGGUGGAAUACUUUUCCAGUCGCCUCUGAUGUCAGUUCAGCCCAUAGAUGUCGUGAAGCCUGAUCCACCAUUGGGUUUGCAUAUGGAAAUCACAGAUGAUGGUUAUUUAAAGAUUUCUUGGUCUGGUCCAAUACUGGUACCAUUUCCACUUCAAUAUCAAGUGAAAUAUUCAGAGAAUUCUACAACAUUUAAAAAAGAAGCAAAUGAGGUUGUCUCGGCAACAUCCCUGCUAGUAGACAGUGUGCUUCCUGGGUCUUCCUACGUGGCUCAGGUGAGGGCCAGGAGACUGGAUGGCCCAGGAAUCUGGAGUGACUGGAGUACCCCCCACAUCUUUGCCACACAAGAUGUCAUAUACUUUCCACCUAAAAUUCUGACAAGUGUGGGGUCUAACGUUUCUUUUCGCUGCAUCUAUAAGAAUGAAAACAAGAUUGUUUCCUCCAAAAAGAUUGUUUGGUGGAUGAAUUUAGCUGAGAAGAUUCCUCAGAAUCAUUAUAAUGCUGUGAGCGGCCAUGUGAGCAAAGUGACUUUUCUCAAUCUGAACGCCACGAAACCUCGAGGAAAGUUUGCCUACGAUGCAGUGUACUGCUGUAACGAGGAUGAAUGCCACCAUCGCUAUGCCGAGCUCUAUGUGAUCGAUGUCAAUAUCAAUAUAUCAUGUGAAACUGAUGGGUACUUAACUAAAAUGACUUGCAGAUGGUCAGCCAAUACAAUCCAAUCACUUGUGGGAAGUACGUUGCAGUUGAGGUAUCACAGGAGCAGCCUUUAUUGUUCUGAUAUCCCAUCUAUUCAUCCCAUGUCUGAACCCAAAGAUUGCCAUUUGCAGAGGGAUGGUUUCUAUGAAUGCAUUUUUCAGCCGAUCUUCCUUUUAUCUGGCUACACAAUGUGGAUUCGGAUCAAUCACUCUUUGGGUUCCCUUGACUCUCCACCAACAUGUGUCCUUCCUGACUCUGUGGUGAAACCACUGCCUCCAUCCAGUGUGAAAGCAGAAAUUACUGUGAAUGUGGGAUUAUUAAAAAUAUCUUGGGAAAAGCAAGUCUUUCCAGAGAAUAAUCUUCAGUUCCAGAUUCGCUAUGGUUUAAGUGGAAAAGAAGUACAAUGGAAGAUACAUGAGGUGUAUGAUGCAAAAUCAAAGGUUGCCAGUCUUCCAGUGCCAGACCUGUGUGCAGUCUAUGCUGUUCAGGUGCGCUGUAAGAGACUAGAUGGCCUGGGGUAUUGGAGUAAUUGGAGCUCUCCUGCCUACACAGUUGUCAUGGAUAUAAAAGUUCCAAUGAGAGGACCUGAAUUUUGGAGAAUAAUAAAUGGAGACAGUACUAAAAAAGAGACAAAUGUCACCUUACUUUGGAAGCCCCUGAUGAAAAGUGACUCCUUGUGCAGUGUGAGAAGAUACGUGGUAAACCAUCAUACACCCCACCAGGGAGCGUGGUCAGAAGAUGUGGGAAAUCACACUAAAUUCACUUUCCUGUGGACAGAUCAAGUACAUACUGUUACAGUUCUGGCCAUCAAUUCAAUCGGUGCUUCUUUUGCAAAUUUUAAUUUAACUUUCUCAAGGCCUAUGAGCAAAGUAAAUAUCGUGCAGUCACUCAGUGCUUAUCCUUUAAACAGCAGUUGUGUGGUUCUUUCUUGGAUGCUGUCACCCAGCGAGUACAACCUAAUGUAUUAUAUUGUUGAGUGGAAAAAUCUUAAUGAAGAUGAUGAAGUUAAAUGGCUUAGAAUCUCUUCCUCUCUUAAGAAGUAUUAUAUCCAUGAUCAUUUUAUCCCCAUCGAGACAUAUCAGUUCAGUCUUUACCCAAUAUUUAUGGAAGGAGUGGGAAAACCGAAGAUAAUUAAUAGUUUCAGUCAUGAUGAUAUUGAAAAACACCAGAAUGAUGCAGGUCUAUAUGUAAUUGUGCCAAUAAUUAUUUCCUCUUCUGUCUUAUUGCUCGGAACAUUGUUAAUAGCACACCAAAGAAUGAAAAAGCUGUUUUGGGAAGAUGUUCCAAAUCCUAAGAAUUGUUCCUGGGCACAAGGACUUAAUUUUCAGAAGCCAGAAACAUUUGAGCAUCUUUUUAUCAAGCAUACAGAAUCAGUGACAUUUGGUCCUCUUCAUUUGGAGCCUGAAACUAUUUCAGAAGAUAUCAGGGUUGAUACAUCAAGGACAAAUAAAGAUAAGACGGUGCCAACGACUGUGGUCUCUCUACUUUCUACCACUCCAGAUCUUGAAAAGGGUUCUAUGUGUGGUAGGAGCCAGUGCAACAGUGCUCACUUCUCUGAGUCUGAGAACACCAAGGCAACCUGUGAGGAUGAAAGCCGGACACAACCUUCAGUUAAAUAUGCCACACUGGUCAGCAACUCUAAGUCAAGCGACAGCGAUGAAGAGUCGAGGCUCAUAAGUAGUUCAGUCAGCAAGUGCUUCUCUAGCAGUAAUUCUCCACUGAAGGAUUCUUUUUCUAAUAGCUCAUGGGAGGUAGAGACCCAAGCAUUUUUUAUAUUAUCAGGUCAGCAUUCCAACAUAGUUCCACCACACCUUACAUUCUCAGAAGGACUGGAUGAACUUCUGAAACUGGAGGGAAAUUUUCCUGAAGAAAAUAAUGGUGAAAAGUCUGUCUAUUACUUAGGAGUCACCUCAAUCAAAAAAAGAGAGAGUAGUGUGUUUCUGACGGACGAGUCAGGAGUGUUGUGCCCAUUUCCGGCCCAUUGUUUAUUCACUGACAUUGGAAUCCUCCCAGAUAGUUGCUCCCACUUUGUAGAAAAUAAUUUCAACUUAGGAACUUCUGGCAAGAAGACUUUCGUAUCGUACAUGCCUCAGUUUCAAACUUGUUCCACUCAGACUCAUAAAAUAAUGGAAAAUAAGAUGUGUGACCUAACCGUGUAAUUUUAUUCAAGAAACCUUCAGAUUUGUGUUAUAACAGAUCAUAUUAAGUGUAAUAGAUUCUUUUAUAGUUGUGGAUGGGGGAGAGAGAGAAGAAAACCAUCAGGGUCAAAUUGGAAAAUGAUUGUUUCAAAAUGAAUAGACUCUCAGAAAUGUAGACAGCGAUGUGAGAAAACCUGCUUGAGCCUAGCAAGGUAGACAGACUCUUCUAAUGGUUCUGUUCACAAACUGUCAUGGGAAAGUCUCUUGUUUCCAGCUAGAAAUAAACCCAACAAAUAUUAUCUUUUGUGAACAUUAGACCUGUACAGAAAGAACUAAUCUUUUGCAUUACACCUUUAUCUGAAAGAAGGCUUCAAACUAAUAUUUGUGGUAAUUGUUGUUUCAGAGGUGUCUUUGUUUUGAGUUUUUGUUUUACACUGAUUCACACAUGCACACAAAUUUACACGUAAUAGGUAUCCCUGUGCAUUUUGAAAAUGUGUGAUGUGUUUGUAUUUUGUAGUACCAGACUGUGUGGUAAGUAGACACUUCACUAAAUGUUGAAGAUAGACAAGUUAACCCUGGUAAGAGGUUAUACUGUGAAGACUAGCAAGGAAGCCAAUCACUAUGUAACAAACCCAAGA